AUGGCGCGCGGGGCCCGGCGCGCGGGGCUCGGCCCCGGCCGUUGCCGCGGCGCCGUCGCCGUGGUAACCGCGGGGAAGCGCUCGCGCCGUUAAAGCGCAGGGCGCAGGCGCGCGGCCGGGGCAGGCGCCGUGCGGGGUAGAUGGCGCACCACAAGGCCGCGGACUCCAAGCGGGAGCAGUUCCGCCAGUACUUGGAGAAGUCGGGAGUGCUGGACAUGCUCACCAAGGUCCGGCGAGGCGGCCGGCAGAAGAACUCGCCUGGGAAACUUGGUGCGGCGUGGCCUGGAAAUGGAGCCCGAGGCGCGCGGCGAGGCGGCGCACGCCGGGAGAGGGCGGCGGGCCGCUGGAAACGAGCCGCGGGGGCUGCGGAGCGCUCCCGCCCCGCACGCUCCCCGAGGUGCGUGCAGAGCGGCCAGGCGGGCCCCUUCCCCUGCCUGCUGUGUCGGAGACCUCUCUUCUUCGGCCAGAGCGCGACUUUCAAUGCGUGCUUUUGUGUUGGUAGCCUUAUAUGAAGAGCCAGAGAAACCAGAUAGUGCACUGGAUUUUCUGAAGCAUCAUCUGGGAGCUUCAGCUCCUGAGAAUCCGGAAAUAGAGGCACUUCGCUUGGAAGUGGCAGAGAUGAAAGAAAAAUAUGAA